AUGUCCAACCCAACCCUCGUCUUCUGUGCCGGUGCCUGGUACUCACCAGUAGCAUUCGGCCCACUCAUCGAGAGGCUGCCUGAAUAUACCUGUCGCACCGUGGCCUUCCCCUCCAUCGAGCAAGCCAAUGAAGUCAAAGACCUCCAACCCGACAUUACUGCCGUCCGCAGUGUUGUCGAAAAAGAAUGCGAUGCCGGAAACGACGUUGCAAUUGUGUUGCACAGCUGGUCUGGUCUCCCCGUCAGCAGUGCCCUUGAUGGACUCAGCAAGACUGAGCGCCAAGAAGCGGGUAAACCAGGCGGCGUGGUGAAGCUCAUCUACCUCUCUGCAUUUAUUCCGGAGGUUGGUGAGAGUUUGAUCGGGGCAUUUGGAGGGGUGCCACCGGAUUGGUAUGUUCGGGAUGUGGAGAAUGGCACCGUGCUGCCUGAUGAUCCUUUCAAGCUAUUUUUCCACGAUGUUCCCGAUGGCCAAAAAUGGGCCGAGACAUUGCGACCCCAUGCAUGGGCGACCAAGAAUAGCCCUGCCACAAGUGCAGCGUACCUGCGAAUUCCAUCUGCCUAUCUGCUGUGUGAGGAUGAUCGAGCAAUCCCAUUGUUUGCACAAGAAGGGAUGGUCGAAAAGGCACGAGCCAAGGGAGCCACAUUCGAGACAGACAAGGUUAAGACGGGACACACGCCGUGGCUGGUGGUGCCGGAUCAGGUGGUGGAGUUUGUGAAGAGACAUGCAUGA